GCUGACUUCCAACGUGCCCUUCGUACAAGUCGAGCUCCCGGCUCUCAUUUUCGUCGCCACCCCCACUCCCAGCCCCUCGUGACCUCCAUUAAUUCUAGACUCCAUUCAACCUGUCAAAGCUUCCAAUCUUUUUCUCCAUUUAUAAACCCCAUUAAUUCGUUUAAAAUAUCAGAGACGAUCAUAUUUCUCGCCACCGAAAAUGGGACAACGCGUGCUAAAGAGCCUGACAUUCUGGCUAUCAGAGCAACCAGCAAUCGUGAACUUCCGCUGGAGCCCCACCCAGUCGUGGGGCUCCACGUGGUCCUUCCUCUUCACAGCCAUCGCAGCCUACAUCGCUGCCGCCACCGCGCUCCACCUCCUCCUGACGCUCUUCCGGCGCCGCCGUCCCGUCCCGCUCGGACCCAUACCGGCCUUCCAUAGCCUCUCCGUGGCGUUGAUCUCCGCCGUAAUAUUCGUCGGCACCGUCCUCUCCGCCACCGCAGAGAUCCGCGACACCCGCUGGCUCUGGGGCCGCACCAAGACCACCACGCCCCUCCAGUGGCUCCUCUGCUUCCCCCUCGGCACGCGCCCCUCCGGGCGAGUCUUCUUCUGGUCCUACGCCUUCUACCUCUCGCGAUUCCUCCACCUUCCCCGGACGUUCUUCACAGUCCUCCGCCGCCGAAAGCUCACGAUCUUCACGCUCUUCAACCAGUCCAUUCUCAUCUUCAUGUCAUUUCUCUGGCUCGAGUUCUCCCAGUCUUUCCAGGUCCUGGCAAUACUUCUCACCACUCUGCUCUACUCCGUGGUUUACGGGUACCGUUUCUGGACGGAGAUAGGGUUGCCCAGAGCGUGCUUUCCUUUGGUGGUGAACUGCCAGGUGGUGUUGCUUGUCUGCAACUUGGUUUGCCAUUUUAUGGUGCUUUUGUUGCACUUGUUCAAAGGUGGGUGCAACGGCAUUGGGGCCUGGGGAUUCAAUUCCGUGCUCAAUGGAGCGAUUUUGUUCUUCUUCUUAAAUUUCUACGUCAAGAAAAUGCAUUCGAGAAAGAGCAGGGCUGCUGACCAUGACGAGGCUUCUUCCACGCAUCCAGGAUCUGUGAACAAUAAAGUAAAGGACAGCUGAAUGCUGAAUGCUGAAUGCUGAUACGAUUAUUUUCUUGCUUGGUUUUAUUGUUUUAUUUUUUAACAAUCCCCCCUCUUUUCAAAUUUUUUUUAAUUGUAAAGGAUCAUAUAUUAUAUUGAUCGAUGAGCGUAUAAUUUUGAAA